AUGUCGCAGAUACCUACGCCUCCUACAUCGCGACCAGGGUCAGAGGCUCCUGAGGUAGAGAGGAAGUCCGCAGAGUCCCCGGAAGCUUCAUCGGAGUUACUCGAGUCCUUGGAUACUCUUCUUGAACAGUACUUGCACUUGCUUGAUCAGCAGCAGGAACUACAGUCAGUGCUCGCGAAGCAGUUGUCCUCGGGAUUUCUCGCCCUUGCCCACGCAAACUACACUUGUCCUCCUGGCCGACGAUAUGGUGCCGACUAUUAUGAUGAACGAAUGAAAGCGACCGGACGAAUUUCGAUCCAGGAGGGACCAGAGAAUGAACCCACGAAUUCCACAGAAACUAGCAAUUCCCCGUUGCACAAUGACGAGCAUCAUUUCGAUAUCAAGUACACUCGGAUCCACCUGCCCGAAGAUCAAGUUGAGGAAAAGGAAGAAUUACAAGUCAAUGGCACAACGGCAGAUGAUUCACCAGUUGAGGACUCCACCGCUUCCAAGCCUGAGUCCAAGGCCCUCAAGAAGUCUAGACCAAAUGAUCCUAUAUACUGGUACGGGAUUCUAGUGCCGCCAUCAUUACGCACUGCCCAAAAGUCCUUCACCGAUACUAUUCAAAACCAGGUACCGGCAUUGGCGGCUGUGGUGGUGAAGAUGCGCGCACUAGAGGACAAAAUCAAUAAAGUACGAAUGAAGCUUGAAGGGUAA